AUGCCCGAUACUGCAUCCAGGGGAUUUCAAUUGGGAACAUCACUAGACGCUGCAGAAGAUUUUCGCACUCCAAGCUACCGCGACAACGACAACGACGUUAGCAACGGCAACAACAUCAACAUCAACAUCAACAGUGGUAACGGAGACACUAACAACAGUAACGAAAACUCCAGUAACACCAAUUUUGACAUUGCCACUGGUGCUACCACCGCUUUAACGUCCACGACACAAAAAAAUAGCGACUUUGUCACUUUCAACGCAAUCGAAGACCCCACCCAGACCCCGUCCCACGUACAAAGGGACAACGACGAAGGGAUCGCGUUGAACGAAGAUCUGGAAUUAAAUUUGGGAACAUCAAAAACAGAAACAACAACAACAACUACUCUAGAAACAUCACCAAAAUCAAGAACACCACUUGGUUUGACUCACGACAAGGAUAACGAGCAGCUUACGCAGAUUGUGCACGACACAUCUUCCACGCAGCCCACUGUCGAACACGCUUCUACGUCCAGAACUGACGACCAGCGUCCCGAAGAACAGCUUCAAUCGCAGCUCGCCAUCCAAUCGGACGCCAUAGCGCUUCUCAACGACAAGCUUCAGCAAGUAGAAAACUCCGCGUGUACUACAGACGAGGGACUCAACGAACUUUUGGGCAACCUAUCGGCUUCGACCCGCAACUUAGCGCACAACCAGAAGGUUCUUGAGAACAAGCUUGAGGACUUACUCAGAAACCAAGUCCACACCGACUCCAGUGUCAACGCAUUACUGGAGAAACUGCAGAGCGUAUCUCAAUCGCUCGACAAGGCCGCUAGAUCCAACGCUCUAGCUGCAUCGGUUGGUGGAGCACAAACGAUCCAUCGCGGACCAGGAAGACCUCCAAAGACCAGAAACGGCUGGGUAUCCGUCGCAAAUUCACUUUCUAUGACUAGCAAGGAUUCUUUACCAGACAGCAACGUGGGCAUACCCCGCAGCCGGCGCAUGUUUCAAGAUCCAGAAUCGUCGCUAGACGUUGAAUCGGGACUUGUUGGCCAAGCCAGGUCUUUAAGACAACAACCAACCAGCUCUUCAUCUGCAGCGUCAGACCAAGGUUUGACAGGACCCAGAAAGAGGGGCCCCGGUAGGCCACCUAAACGGAAACAUCACUGGGCUGAGAGAAGACAAAGUGGCUCAUCUCGUGCACAGGGUGCUGCAGGUGACUCCGAUUCGGAGCAUGCCAAAGACGACGAAGACAUUGAUGAAGAUGACGAUGAUGAAUAUCGGGCAUCAGAUGAACCCAAAAUGGAGGACGACGAUUAUUUGGCCCAUUCUUUGGGUGACAGUUCCGGCCUUCAAGUCGAGGAUUCGUAUUACGGGCAGAAAGCUCAACGUGGAAGGGGCCGUCCUAGCUCCAAAUCUUCUGACAAAGCUCAACCUUUGACAACGGCACAAAUAAAAAUGCAGCAAGAACUUGAGAGACGCCGAGACGCUCGCGAACAAAUGCUUGUGUCCAUGAAGUACAGUGACCGCAACAAGGCCAAAGUGUUCAUGGAAUCCAAUAAAGAACUCUUGCGGGCAAUGCGAGAAGAAGAAAGACGCAAAAGAAUGACCGCUUUCCACUACGAUUCCCAAAAUCAAUCCGGCGGAAACACCCCUUCCAACACUGCGGGGCACAAUUCGCCUUCUCCUAGUACAGCUUCUGGCUUAGGCGGUAGAAGGCUGUCACAAUUUGCCUCUUUAGCGGCGGGCAGUCAUGGUUUUGACACUGAAAACCAAGAUCCUUCCAUUGUAGCUCAGGGAGGUGCUCCUCAUUCUGAGGGCAAUCCGGGAACCCCACCUUCAGAAUCAACACGGGAAGCUACUACAACGCCAACGUUAGCUUCAAUCGCUGCUUCUUCCGAUUACGCCACAUCGAAUGUGCCGCUGCCACGGAAAGUUGGUAUUCUAUCUAUGCUCAACGAAGAAGAAGGAGAGGCUUCCGCAAAUAAGCGAAGGCUCCCGGAACUUUACGAAAAUGGUCUCUCUCCGGAUUUUCCAAGUAAAAAGGAAAGACUAGAAGAAGGUCGAGAUUUCCGGUCAAUUAUUCCAAUGCUCCCGGAGAAAAAAGAUAACAGAGGACGUCCAGCAAACAGUUCUAGUAGCGGAGACAAUUCCACUGCUCUGUUACUAGCUUCUCCUGUUGAGCUAUUAUGCCGCGACGGCUACUUCUACCGCAAAUCUGAUCCGGAGCUACCAAUCACCACCGGGGAUUACCUUGAGUUUAAGUUCAAGUCCAAGGAAGACGAAUUGAUACGCUUGAACUUGAGUCAAUCGGAUUAUGCCGAGCUUACAAGGCAAGACAGGAUUAAUGCUUAUUUUUUGAAGCCGGAUAUUGAACGAGAGACAGAUUUUGCGUGCCGACUUCUAAGUAAAACCGUGCUAACUGAAAGAUACGUCAACAGUCUGGAAUAUUUCACUAUGGAAUUCCGUUGGGAAAACAGACUGGUAGGACUAGGUCUCAAACUUCGUGAGUCUAAGAGAACAUGGCAAAGACGGAAAGCAUUGUUUGCUUUGUUUGAGUUCUGGAGAGACAAGUCCAGAGAGAAGAGAGGAUUUCCCGAGUACACAAUGAUGCACGCUGUAAAAGAAAUGGAAAAUUAUCGUAUUUUCAUCAACCGGUCUGUGUCAUGGUUUUACAACCACAUCACACUACUUAAGAUGAUUCUGUACGACUUGUGUGACAACACCGAGACUCAGUGGAGAGAAUGGAUGUUCCCAAGAGAGCAACCGAUUCCUAUUGUUGGAGAUUCUUUGACCGAGGACAAAUUGAAUGCAUCCAUAGGUCAAGUCCUAGCGUUGGACUUCUUAGAGGAUGGCACCGACAACCGCGAAGUAAAGGCUUCGUCCGCUAAUAUUGUGGUGGAAGAGACUCCCGCUGCUGAUCAACCAAAAACCGAAUGA